GAAUCUAACCCGACGAGUCAGACUUUAGGUAAAAUGGUGAAACAGACUAUACAGAUAUUUGCUCGAAUUAAACCAACUAAGAAAACUACGGCGGUGUAUUCUGUGGACAAUGAAGAUCAGGCAGGUGCUUCUGUAGAGUUUAUUGUGCCUAGAGACUUGGCUGAUGGCUUCAUUAACAACAAGAAGGAAUGCUAUAAGUUCAGAUUCCAGAGGGUGUUUGAUCAAACAGUCAAACAAGAAGACAUAUUUGAGAAUAUUGCGAAACCCGUUGCAGACAGUGUAUUGGCUGGCUAUAAUGGCACCAUAUUCGCCUAUGGUCAAACGGGCAGUGGGAAGACGUUUACGAUUACAGGAGGAGCAGAGCGCUACAGUGAUCGUGGAAUUAUCCCGCGGACCCUCUCCUACCUGUACACGUGCUUCAGCCAGGACAGCAGUAUGGUGUAUACUACUCACGUCUCCUACUUGGAGAUCUACAAUGAGAUGGGAUAUGACCUCCUUGAUUCUCAACACGAAGCUUCUCGACUGGAGGAUCUGCCAAAAGUACUGAUUAUGGAGGAUUCAGACCAGAACAUUCAUCUCAGGAACCUGUCACUGCAGCCAUCAGCAAAUGAGGAGGAGGCUCUGAAUCUGCUCUUCCUCGGUGACACCAAUCGUAUGAUUGCAGAAACUCCCAUGAACCAGGCAUCCACACGUUCCCAUUGUAUUUUCACUGUGCACUUGUGCAGACGUGAGCCUGGUUCAGCCACUGUGAGACGAUCCAAGCUGCACUUGGUGGACCUGGCUGGAUCAGAUAGAGUUAGCAAGACUGGUCUUAAUGGGCAGUUGCUCACUGAAGCCAAGUACAUCAACUUGUCUCUUCACUACUUGGAACAGGUGAUCAUUUCAUUGUCGGAGAAGAACCGCUCCCAUAUUCCUUACAGGAACUCCAUGUUGACAUCAGUGCUGAGGGACAGCCUUGGUGGUAACUGCAGGACCACUAUGAUCGCCACAAUGGCAGUCGACAAGAGGAAUGUUGAUGAGUCCAUCUCUACGUGUCGAUUUGCUCAGCGUGUUGCUCUCAUCAAGAACGAGGCAAUGCUGAAUGAAGAACUGGAUCCUGUCCUGCUGAUAGCACGUUUGAAGAAGGAGAUCCAGUCUCUGAAGGAUGAGUUGUCCAUUGUGACAGGACAGCAGAGAGAUGAGCAACUGACCAUGGAGGAGAUCCAGAAGUUGGAAGAGUUACUCAAGGCCUUUCUGGAAGAUCCUGAUCCGGAUGCGACAUUGUUACUGGGACCAGACAUGAGAAAAAUCCACCACUGUUUCUCCCUGCUGAAGAGGAUGGUUCUGGAAAAGCAAGACAUGGGAAACAGACACAGUGAUCGUCAAGUGUCACCAGCAGUAACAGUAACGCAGGAAGAUGUUAAAGAGAGCCAGGACCACUCAGCAGAAGUGACAAAAUUAAAGGAAAUGCUGACGCAACGUGACAAUGAGAUCAGUAUCUUAAUUAAGAUGCUAAAGAAAGAGAAAAAAAGGGCCCAAGAUGCUGCUGCUCAAUUAGAUAACAUCACCAGUGACCAGAAGCUGGCCUCCCAAAGUACCACACAGCUGUCCACAACACCAGAGUCUAAUGAGGGGAACAGAGACAUCACCUCAACUCACCAGGAAGGACGAGCUAUACAAUACAUGAAAAAAGGUCCCCAGUUGUCUAUGGGAAAGCAAGAGGCCUUUGAGAUUUUUAUGAGGGACCAUGAAGACCACCUGACCAUUGAAGACAACAAAACUCUUCUUCAGCAACGGUCAGCUGAGGCCAGAAGACUUGGGAAACAACUAAAUGAAGCCACAAACAGAAUCAAAGAGUUAAAGAAGCAGUUAGAGCUGCGAAGGAGGCAGAGGGCAGCUCAUGGUGUACUAGAAAAUCACACAGACUUUGACGAGGAGGUGGAUCCAGUGGAAGAAAACUUACAGACACACAUAGAGCAAGAAAAAAAGGCUUACAAGAGCACGUUUGGUCGUCUUAAAGCGUUGAGGACUGAGAUUGAGCACCUGCAGCUGUUGUUGGAAAGGGCAAAGGUCAAGCUCCAGAGGGACUUCCAUAAAUGGUGGAGUCGGGAGGCUUCCAGUGUGCAGGAAUCACAGACCACAGCCAGAGGUCAAAUAGGGUCACUAAAUGGGUCCAUGCAACCAUCUUCACCAGGCCUUCCAAUUUCCAGCCCUCUGAGAGACUUCCCAACAAGUGGAGCUUUAUACCAGGAUGGCUACACUCUCUCCGAUCAAGACAUCAGAAGUCACGCACCAAAAAAGACACCUCCCUUGACAGCUGUUCCAGCCUGGCACGAUAAACCUCUGGAUGGAAAUGGUACUGACUUCACUCCAUCAUCAGAGUUAAGGGCCCUUUCCAGUACCAAGCUCUCAGCUUCUUCUAUUCCUCUGACUGGAGAUAAGCAGGUAGAUUCAGACAUCUUGGCCUUCAUCAAAGCCAGGGAAAUGCUCCUCCAGAGGGCAGCAGUCAGAUGUCGCCCUAAUGGAGGAGAGCGGUUGGAUUGUUACCCAAGCAACCUUUUAACUCAACACCCAACAUCUCUGGUCCUCUGUCCAAUCACAGCGAAGGGCACUGAGAUACAUUGUACUAAUAACAAAACGCACAAGCUGCAGUGA